AUGAUUUCUUCAAAGCCCAGACUUGUCGUACCUUAUGGCCUCAAGACUCUGCUCGAGGGAGUCAGCAGAGCCAUUCUUAAAAUUAAUCCACCAAACAUCACCCAGUUCGCAGCAGUUUAUUUUAAAGAACUUAUUGUAUUUAGAGAAGGGAAUACUUCUCUGGAUAUAAAAGAUCUUGUUAAACAAUUUCAUCAGAUUAAAGUAGAGAAGUGGUCAGAAGGAACGACACAAGAGAAGAAACCAGAAUGUAUGGAAGAACAGGUAGAAACAUCUGUAGUUUCCCAAGAACCUACACGGAUGGAGAAAUCUACGGACACAGAGGAGGACAAUAUAGCUGAACCACUGUUAAUGAACAAAACCACUCAGUUCCCAUCAGUUCACGCAGAGGUGCUCCUGGAGCCCGAGGAGACCCCCGAAGCAGCCUGUGGUGGCAGCCCGAAACCAUCUACCCCUAAGGCUGUGACCCCACCCUCCUCACCAUCUCCAGCACCUGUCUCACAAGAGUUUGCUUAUGUGCCAGCUGACCCAGCUCAGUUUGCUGCUCAGAUGUUAGGUAAUGUUUCAUCUACUCAUUCUGAUCAGUCUGACGUUUUAAUGGUGGAUGUGGCAACAAGUAUGCCUGUUUUUUCUGAGGAGGUGCUGAGUUCAGAGGCUGCCGAAGAUGCCAAGGUGGCCAUUCCCACUGUGUAUUCCGCAGAGGUUGUAGCCCUGCAGGUUCUGAGCCAAACAUCUGUCCAUGUAGAUUUGGGUCCUAAACCUAAAGACGAUGAAGCUGAACCAACAACGGCUUCCUCCUUCCCCUUGCAGGAUGAACAAGACCCUCCUGCUUACGAUCAAGCUCCCGAGGUCCCUUUGCAGGCUGAUAUUGAGGUCAUAUCAUUCGUUCAUGUUUCAUCCAUCUAUAACAAUGAGCCUGUGACUGAAGGAGUUACUUAUGUCGAGCAAAUACCAGAACACAUAGUUAUCCCUUUUACCGAUCACGUUGCUUCCCUUAAAGAAAAUGAGCCACCAGAUAGUCCCAUACCUGUAGCACGCGACACAGGCAUGUCUGAAAAAACCGUAGGUUCUGUAAGUCUUGCACAGUUGGAGGUGGAAUCACACUAUUCCUCAGUACAUAUGGAGGCAGAAGCAUCAGUUCUGUUCUCUGACACCUCUUUGAAAGGUCAGCCUGCACAAUUCCCGGAUGCAGGGGGCUCCACCAAAGCAGUCGGCUCUGAAAAACCACUGCAUCUUGAAGUGGAGUUCACUGCCCUAGUUCCUGGCAACUCGGGGCAGGAGGAGUCCCAGGGAAGCUCUGCAGCCCAGGAGAUGGAGGGCAAACUCGUGCUCUCUGGGGAAGCUGCUACAGCAGUGCUCUCGGCUGCAUCUGUAAGGGCAGCUGGUGGUAGCCCCACUCCUGUUCCAGAAGGUCUUACUGAACCUGAGCUCGAACCAGAACUGGAAGCAGCACUUGAACAAGGUUUGAUGAAGCCAGAUGCUGAAACCACCACCGUCUGA